AUGGGUCUGAUCAAUCGUCGUCGUUAUUGGUCUGGUAACGACAAUUUCUUACUGGAGUGUUCUUCUAAUCGUGUUCGUGAUGAGUGGAUGCAAGUUCUGCAGGCGGCACGCCUAAGAAGUGUCAGAGGAUUGAAGGAGGAUGGCGUUGUUCACGGCAUCAUUUCGAUGUCGUCUGAGACUCCGCCAUUGACGAGUGCUCCGUCAACCUCGCAUUCUGCUCAAAACCUUAUCGAAGAACUGCUUGGACCCGUCGGGGAUGACAGCUCAUCAACACUGAGUGGAGAUGAACGAGCUAGGGGAGAUAGCGAAUUGAAUGGUGUUGAUAUCAAAAAGGUGCAAGAUGACACUGAAACUCCUCUUGCCACUCCAAAUUCUACAUUUUAUCUAACCACAAAUGGAGAACUAAACGAGCACAGCAUGGCAAUGCCGAAGCCUGUGGUGUCACCGGAAGCCGUAAUAGGCCGCAUUCUGGAGAAGACAAAUGAGCAUCUGGUGGCGCCCAAGCGGGCGCUUGAAGGGGUCAGGCGAAGUAUACGCCUAAAAAAGGACUGCGAAGUAUGCAAGCAGGUAUAG